AUGGACGUUUUCAGACAUCUGAAACAAAGGGUUGUCUCGUCUGCGGACGAUGAAAUUGCCGACUUGGUUCAUCUUAUCAUCGACGAGGAUUACAAUGGAAUCGCGAUGGUGACUGCUACUUUCAUUGAGUAUUGGUUCAAACAACGUAACGAUGAAGAAGCUAUCAAGUGGUACACGUCUUUGUUAGGCAAGAGAUUCGUAAUGAACCCAGUUACUGGGAACAUUCUUCUGCGGAUUCUUCUUGACUACGACAAGAAAACAGAAGCUUGGGCAUUGUUUGAUCGGAUGCUGGACAAUCAGUUUAAUGCAGAGACAUGUAACAUCAUGGUCAACGAAUGUUUCGCGAACUCGAGGUUUAAGGAGGCAGUCAAUACUUUUAAGCGAGUUGGAAACACCGUGAAUGACUCACAGCUUUGUUACAGGAACAUCAUUAGUAGAUUAUGUGAGCAAGGAAUAAUGUCUGAAGCAGUUGCUUUGUUUGAAGUCAUCAUUGGAUUUGUAGUAUUAUUGUUUCUUUUAUUUUUUUUUCGUCAUGCCUAUGCUAAUGGAUCAAGAUUCGAUGAUGCUGAACGGAUCGGAUCGCGAACCUUACCGUUGAUGCGAAUCUCAAGUGUAUUGCCAAGUUUUGUCCCCUAG